CCGGCACCGCACUUCGUCAUCGCGUCGCUCAGCUCCACGCUGCGUCCUUUCGCGCGUGCAUGUUGGGAGCGACGGACGGGCUGAUUUCAUAACGCGGCCAGAACCAGAGGGAUGGGGCAGUAAUAGCGAACGCCGGACCUAUUUAACAUUUCUGGCUAUAAAACGUGCGUCCCAGACAAUGUCUUCAAGUUGUUGCUGAUGCUGCGGUCUACACGCCUUUUAUUUGUGUCUCGAGCAUCUUAGCCGUGACGUCAAGCCCAGCGGGAGCCAGGCGCAGCGCGGAGCGGAGCAUGGACUUCAAGCAUCUGGUGGAGGCGGCGGAGAAGUGGUGCACUGGCAACCCUUUCGACCUGAUCUUCGCUGAGGAGGACGACGAAAGGCGGCUGGACUUCUAUGCGGAACCUGGCGUCUCCUUCUACGUGCUGUGUCCGGGAGGCACCGACACAUUCUGCGGUGAAGUCUGUGCUGUAGGCUAUCUACCAUCACAUCCCAAUGUACAGUCCCUGAACCACAACGUCAAACCAUCCGGGUUACAAGAGGACGCACGCCUUCACCAUAAAGGAAAACAGCAUGUGUGGAGUGAGAGCGAGGACUGUCUGCCCUUCCUGCAGAUGGCGCAGGACUACAUCUCAUCCUGUGGGAAGAAGACCCUGCCUGAGGUGCUGGAGAAGGUCUUCAUGUCAUUUAGGCCUCUCUUAGGUCUCCCAGACAUAGAUGACGACAGUUUUGAGCACUACCAUGCUGACAUGGAGGGUGAACCAGGGCCCGACCACCAGCAGAUGGGAGUCAGUCAGCAGUGAGGGGGUUCCAAAUGGAGGGCGCGCUCUAGAAAGCUGCUCAUCGGCCCAAUUCUUACCAUUCAACAAUCUUACACAGACACACACACUUAAAUAUAUCUCCCUUGAAUGUUCUGUGCUGCUUUGCUUCCUCUGAUGGGCGCACUUUGUUGCUCUGUGUUGACCCCUUUUUAGACAAACACACACAUAGGUGGGCUACGUGAGCGGCAACCAUGUACAAUGCAACUUUAUCAUAAUCAUUCACCUUCUGGGUAGUUAAAGUUAAACGGCAGAGCAAUAUUACAUCAGCUGGCUUUGUUAUGAAGAACGGCAGUCAGAUGGUUACAGCAAUACGCACUUUCCUGUGUGGAUUUUGAGAUCAGUGUGGGAGAUAGCCUAGUUUCUGUGGUUGUCUGUUGACUCAGAGGCUACAUUGAGGGAAGAUGGGUGAAAAGGUGACGGUUGGAGGCUUCAACUGCAGUAACACCCAAGCUAGAUGAUAACAUUUUCUGUUUAGGGAACAAGCAAAAGGGGGGUUUUGUUGUGAUGUAAUCCCAGGUGGUUGUUGGCAACUGGUCUGCCCCAGUUAUAACACAUAUGCUCCUAUUGUGUGCAGCUCAACAGUAGAAUGGGUCAUUUCUAGAGUAUAGUGUGCCUCUUAAUGUUUCAAAUUAAAUUAAAUUAUCUUGAUAAGAGGAUGUUUUAGGCAGUGACUAUUAUAUGACAACAAGAAGGCCCACGCUGCAGCAGCUGAAGUGCUUCCCAGUUUGGGUGUCUCAUUCUGUCACAUGACACCUCGGCGCUAUUGUACUGUAGUCUUCCUGGUUGGUGGUUCACUCUUUGCCCUAUUUUUUUCUUUAAAGCUCUGUUUGGCUGGAUUCCCUGAAAUUGGCCCAACUAAAAUCCAACCUUGUGUUGUCAACGCUCUCCAAUACUAAAACACGGGCUGUUUGGUAGACCUUUAUAGUGUCCUGAAAAACAUGUCAUGAGCCCUCUCUAUUGUCACAAUGCAUUAUUGUAAAUCACUUAUGCACUGCAAAGCUUGGAUUCCUUUUUAAACACUCCGCCCUAAACGUUUAAGACUGUUUUUAGCACUUUUGUUUGGCCUGUUGCCCCCGCUUGUAAAUGUUUUGUCUUUAUAAUCUUAUUUAUUAAGUGUUCCUACUGCAGUGAAUCUUUUGUUUGUCAUUAUAGACGUGUGCGUGUGAGGUUGUUCAAUAAACGUGUCAUACGAAUGUUUCAAAGUCAUCUUGUUGUGCAUCUUUGUAAACUAAAGUUGAUGAAACCCGCCGAGCAAAACAUGGACGGCUUCUCGUGUAUCACCCCGUGCACUUAAAACACUAGCGCGCACA